UAGAAUUCCAGAGCGGCUCUUCGGGUUGAUCUCCAUCGUUCUGGCGGCGCGCCUCGGUUCGCUUGGCGAGAGCUGCCGGAGGCGCUGGGCCAUGCGGGGCCGCGUGGGGAGCUUUGCGGACCCUCGCCUCAAGCAGCGAAUCAAGCAGUACCUAAGCAGUAAUAAAUGUGGCCCAUAUGUGGACAUUGGAAUUUUAGCAGCUGAUUUACAGAAAACUUACAGUGCAGAAUAUGGACGAAGAAAAAGAAAUGCCUUUAGAAUUCAGGUUGAGAAAGUGUUUGGUAUAAUCAGUAAUGAGAGAGAAUUUGAAGAUUUAACAACUUUAGAGAAUGAACAUGUGGCAAAAAGAGCAAGACACAGACGAGAAGGGAAUGAGGAUGUGGAAAGCUACACAGACGACUCAGAUGAUGAUGAUUACUCAGAACCUCUAUCCACAAAUCACCUGAACAGCUCUCUGCUGACCUUAUACCGGAAAGGAGAUCCUGAUUCUCUUCCAGCAACUCCGAAGAAUGAGCCGACAGAAACCAGUACCCCUGCACAAGUGACAGCACCCAGAACUAGUGCUCUUCCAUCUGGCACCCCACUUGAUACUAGGAUCUCUGAAGGUGGAUGGUUUAUUGAUAAAACCCCAGGUAGAAAAGAAGACAACUUCUUAAUUGACCUGAGUGAGGAAGAAGAGGAAAGGAAACAGAUAUCUGAGAAAUCAAAAGACCUUUCUUUUUUGGAGAGUGAAGGAAAGAAGACAAAGAGUAAGAGACGAAAAAGAAGGAAAGAGGAAUCUCAAGAUGUAGAUGAAGAAAUAGAAUCUGUUUUGCGUAAGCAGAAAGUUAAAACUAAAGGACCAGAGCUGCAGUUCCCUUUAGUGAAAUUUGACGAUGUGGGAGGCAGUGAUGAAACUCUGAAGGAGGUAUGCAAGAUGCUGAUACACGUGCGUCACCCUGAAGUAUACAAUCACUUAGGCGUGGUCCCACCUCGAGGAUUUCUUUUACAUGGACCACCCGGGUGUGGAAAGACAUUACUAGCACAGGCAAUUGCUGGGGAACUUGAACUGCCAAUGCUCAAAGUAGCUGCUACUGAAAUUGUAUCGGGAGUCUCUGGGGAGUCUGAACAGAAGCUGCGAGAGUUGUUUGAACAAGCUGUGUCCAAUGCACCAUGCAUCCUUUUCAUAGACGAGAUUGAUGCAAUCACCCCAAAAAGAGAAGUUGCCUCGAAAGACAUGGAGCGGAGAAUUGUCGCCCAGCUUCUAACCUGUAUGGAUGACCUGAAUAAUCUGGCUGCCACUGCUCAGGUCCUGGUCAUUGGAGCUACUAACAGACCAGACUCGUUGGACCCAGCAUUGAGGCGCGCUGGAAGAUUUGAUAGAGAAAUUUGUCUAGGGAUUCCUGAUGAAGCAGCUAGAGAGAGAAUUCUACAGACUUUAUGUCGAAAACUUAGGCUCCCUGAAUCUUUUGAUUUUCAUUAUUUAGCCCAUAUGACUCCAGGCUACGUAGGUGCUGAUUUGAUGGCACUUUGUCGUGAAGCAGCUAUGUGUACAGUAAACAGGGUCCUGAUAAAGUUGGAGGAGCAGAAAUGGAAAGGUGUGCAGGCUGGAGAAGCAAGGACUGAGCAAAACUUGAAGACUGGAACAGAAGCACUGGUGGAACAGGAUACUAAACAUUCAGAGCUUCCUGCUAAGGAUGAAUUGCAGAGGCUGCUAGAGUUGCUAAAGGAACAAGAUCCCCUGCUGGAGGAGCAGCUGCAGAAGCUCUGCAUCGAAAUGAAUGAUUUCAUUGUUGCACUGUCUUCGGUGCAGCCCUCCGCCAAGAGAGAAGGCUUUGUCACUGUCCCUGAUGUGACGUGGGCGGAUGUUGGAGCCCUGGAGGACAUUCGGGAGGAGCUCACUAUGGCAAUACUGGCACCUGUGCGGAAUCCAGAGCAAUUCAAAGCUCUUGGCCUGACAGCUCCUGCUGGUGUUCUACUUGCAGGGCCUCCUGGGUGUGGCAAAACACUACUGGCAAAGGCUGUAGCAAAUGAGUCUGGACUGAACUUCAUCUCUGUGAAAGGUCCUGAACUGUUAAAUAUGUAUGUUGGUGAAAGUGAGCGUGCUGUACGUCAGGUAUUCCAGCGGGCCAGAAAUUCAGCCCCUUGUGUUAUAUUCUUCGAUGAAGUUGACGCUUUGUGCCCUCGGAGAUCAGACCGUGAGGCAGGUGCCAGUGUCCGUGUGGUAAACCAGUUGCUAACAGAGAUGGAUGGUCUGGAAAAUCGUCAGCAGGUUUUCAUUAUGGCGGCUACCAACAGGCCAGACAUAAUUGACCCAGCUAUUCUGCGCCCUGGCAGACUGGAUAAAACACUCUAUGUGGGUUUGCCACCACCUGUGGAUCGACUUGCUAUUUUAAAGACCAUCACCAAAGAUGGUACCCGACCCCCUUUGGAUGUUGAUGUAAACCUUGAAGAAAUCGCUUAUGAUCAGCGUUGUGAUUGCUAUACGGGGGCAGAUCUUUCUGCUCUAGUGCGUGAAGCUUCAGUUUGUGCCUUGAGACAGGAAAUGGCCCUACAGAAUGGCAAGAGCAAGAAAGCGUUCCUGGGCUGGGCUGCCGGUGGCGCACGGACAUGUGCGGCUCAGACUCCCUCUCCUAGCGCAGCAGCCACUCCACUUCUCCUGCCUCCCAGGCUUGUGGCACCAAUCAGCUGUUUGGCGCCGCAAGCCUGGGAGGGGAGGAGAAUUAGAGCGGGGGCGGCGUGCUUGGGGAGGAGGCGGAGCAGAGGAGAAAUCAAGAUUAGCCAAAAAUACUUUGAAGAAGCGUUUAAGAAAGUGAAAUCAUCUAUAUCAAGAAAGGAUCAAGCAAUGUAUGAUGAGCUGCGUCAGUCACUGAGCAGAUGAUAGAGUUGGCCAGCUCCUGAAAGAGACCAUCAUUCUGCUUUGUUGAAGAGGCUCAUAAUGGUAGCGUCUGAUCUCCUCAAACCCAGCUGGAACAGAAGCUGACCAUGGUUUCAUUUGACUUUUUACUAAGUGCUGCAUCUGAAGAUAUCUGCCAUGUUUUCAUUACCACUCUGACAAUGGUUAAGUUGGGAUUGUUAAACAGAAUAAAAUGUAAGAUGGAGACUUUCUAGUUCUGCUUAUCACCAACCCUCUGAUUUUAAAACUACACUUUUUAGGCCUAGAGGAACAAUUUCUAAAAUUCAGUGCUCUGUUAACUCAUGAACUAUUUAACAAGCAGAAAAGCUAUAAUGAGCAUCCCUUCAAAACCUUAGACUUUUCAAACAAUUCAUUUUCGAUUGUACAUGAAAAGUGCAUCUUCUCAGAAGAUGAGCUCUAUUAUUCAGAGCAGUCCAUUCUGUGAGGAGAGACCGAGGUAAGUGGGCUGAGAAGAUGUUGAGCAACAUGCUAUUGCAUCAUUUUUAACCCCACCCUUCCCAAAUUUGAGGCUAAUCUGUUUUGAUGGGUGUGUGCCAUCAUAACUGAGAACCCUUGAGAACCUCCCAUUCAUCUUAUUAAAAGGAACUCCUCAGACUGAAAGAUGGUUAAUUUUAAAGGUUCAUGCAAAGGGUUAAGAAAUGGAAGUUUGCAGCCCCCUGCUAUAGUGUGUGUGAGGAGGGCUCCACCUUAAAAGAGCAAUAAUUUUACUGUCUCAAAUGCUCUUACAAGCUGGGUUCAUGUACCUCUUAACAAGGAGAGGAGGAAUUGUGACAUCAGAAAUAGAAGCAAAAAGUGGAAGAUGCUAUGCCUUAUUGUUACCAUCUCUAUUCAUGAUUUUGAAUCACUCUUAAUUUAGCAUAUUCUGACAAAUCCUCUGAAGUAGAAUUUUCCCAUUGCUAUAACAUGGGCCAAGCAAGAUGUCUCAGCUGAAAUUAUCUCAAUAGUUUUCCCAAAAAUGUGUGUCGUUUAAAGAACUUUGCUAUAUGUGUUUACUGUAUGUUUCUAAGAGGAUCUUAGCUUAUUAAAGCAAACUUUUUAAAA